AUGGCCCUAGAUGGUGUGGAUGUUCAAAUUGCCUUAAUAUUUGGUGCAAGAAUAUAGUAUGUCUUCAAUUUAUUCAGAGGUAAAUUUGACUUCCUCGAAUGGCUCUCAGACAAUAUGCUCCUCGGUAUCAUUUCUUACCUGGAUCUUGAAGACAUUGUCAGGCUUUCUCAAACAUCACACAGAUUUGCAAAGCUGUGCUCGUCCAACAGGCUGUGGGAGCAGAUAGUUAAGUCAGCCUGUGACACCGUCACUCCUGACAUGAGGGCCCUGGCCAGGGUCCUGGGUUGGAGACAGAUGUUCUUCACCAACAAACUCUAGCUCCAGUGGCAACUCCGCAAGAGGAGGCAGAGACUGGGAGACCAGAGGGAGGCACAGCUGUAG